AUGGAGAGAUGCGGAAUGAUGCGGGGGCUGCUGCUCCUGGGCCUGCUGACCAUCGUGAGCAGCAGCGAGGCCGCCCAAGAAGUCUCUGAGGAGAACUUUGACACGGGGAAACCAGAACCAGCUGCAGACAGAGACCUGGUAGAAGCUCUGGAGGUUCUGUUGGACCAGAUGAAUAAUCAUGCUCCUUCCACUGAGAAACGAGGGAGCAUCCCUCUGUGUGGGAUGGGGAACCGCUGUGCCAUGAGGUUCGGGCCUCGGAUCGGGAAGCUCUGCGACUGUGGAAGAGGAGCGAACUGCAACUCCUAUCUGCUCAAAUGCAUCUGA